AUGUUUACGACGAAACACGUCGGUACGGUAUACAAGCGUGUAGCCAGGUGUAUUUCAACAAGUUUUGCUUUGGUAAGUUGGUUUUACUGGUUUUCCUUUAGUUUUCAGGUCUUCUACAAUGUCUUUUUGGUUUUUCAAAAUGAAUUCAAUGUGUAUGUUGGCGGUUUUUUUGUUUUUGAACGGUUUUGAAUAAUAAUUUUUGGAAAAAGAAUGGAAAGAAGACGUUGGACAUGGUGAAGGUCGUUUAUACAUAGUUUAAAGACCUUUUUCUGCCUAAAAAUAGACUAAAAUAGAAAGCAAAGACUUUUGCGGACAUUUUACAGCCAAUAAUGACAAUUUUAGGCAAUGAGUCCAAAAAUAAAUUCACACUUUUAUUCCAAAUCCGCCCCCUUUUUCGGCCAUUUGCCCUCUUUCCUCGCUUCUUUGGUUCAAAAACCGCGGACCUUUUGCUUCGACUGACCUUCACUCUGUUUAUUUUUGUUUAUCCCAACUUAUUUUUUGUUUUACACGGAGAAUGGUCUUAUUUUUCUUUUUAGAAACUUAUUUUAAGGUUUAUAUUAUUUGUUUUUAGCGUUCUAACCCUGAAAUGGCUACUAACCCUGUCGAGAACCGCUCAUUGCACAUUGUGCGUUCUGAUACUCCAUUUAUUCGUUUGGACUGUGAAAAAUCUUUUAAAGGUAGGUUUUUGUUAGUUUUUUGUUGUUUUAGGUUAUGGUUUAUUUGAAGAACUUGGAUUUUUAAAAAAACUUAUAGUUUUGAGACUUGUGUGAAAUUUCUUGAAAUCCCCAACUCUGUUUUAGGUUUGGAUAAGCAAUCUCAACAAUAUGCGCACUAUUUGGCCAAGGCCUCGUUUGACGGUGGCCUUAUUGUCUUCUGUCAACGUUCCCCUGAAUCACCUGCCAUCUUGUACAUAUUCACGGCGGUGUUCCGGGCCGAAUCCUUGUCGGCGUUGAAGGAGAAGGCGGCCGAUGUCGGUUGGACUGAAGAGGAGUUCAUCGACUUGCUUAUCUAUUACUCUACUUUCUAUUACAAUGGAGGGAAUUACUAUGGGUUUGGGGAUCGGAAAAUGAUUCCUUCUGUGUCUCAGGUAAGGUUUCUGGCUAUUUUUGUUGUGUUUUAGGUUGAAAAUUGAUGUGAUUUUGAUUAAGGUAACUAAAACAUCAAGAUCUUGAUGUUUUGGUUAUGAAAGAAUGAGUUUAUGGGCUUAAAUUGUUGUUUAUCUUAUGUUUCAAGCUUUGGAUUAUAAAAUCUAACAAUUUCAGAACCGCUUACGUGAGUUUUUAUUCAAAACAGCGGCUUUUAACGAUAAUCAAAAGCUGGUCGACGUGUAUAACAAGGUAGAAGGCAGCAUCUAUGGGUUGUCGGACAAGGAGAUUAUUCUUGGAUAUCCGGACAAGGUAAAUCAAUAUUAUAUUAACUUUUUACAAAUAUUCUUCAGCUUUUACAUCAAUUUAUUCUUCUUCUAACAUCUAUUCUUGAAUAUCACUUUGUAGUAGCCAAGUUUAUGAACUUAAACCUUGAUUGAAAUCCUUCGAACGGACAUUUAAUAUCAAUUGGGAUAUUUUAGGGUACCACAGCCUUCCAUUCAAAGAAUAUGACAAAGGAGGACACUGAAUUUGUAGCCAGGUUCUUCAAAUCCAUCAAUUUUGAAGGGUGGAACACUAGGCUCGAGAAGAAGGUUGAUGGAGGCAAAAUCAAGUAUAUUGUUAGAGUUGCUGCUGUUAAGGAUGGUAAGAAAUAGGCUUAAAUUAUAUAAAUUUGAACGGUCAAGGACUAUUUUUUAUUUUGGGCGGGUGGUUUUGGUCUGGGGAGGAUAUUUUUGUCAAUUUUCGAGUUGAUGAGUCAAAUUUUAGCUGAACUGUCGAAACACGAGUUUGAAGGGCGAGAAAUAGUGUUUCAAGCUGGUGAUUACUCUCCAAUUCUGAACAGGACUAUCAAGAGUCUUGAGGAAGCACAGGUGAGCCUUUUUGGACUAUUUAUAAUUAUAUUGACAUAGAAUAAAACAUUUUUUUAAAUUUUUUGUUUUUCAUGAUUUGAAAUGAUUUUUUUUUAAUUUUAGGUAAUAUUUUACCAAUUCUUUUAGAAAUACGCAGCCAACGAUAACCAAAAGCAAAUGCUGGCCAAGUACGUGGAGCACUUCAAGACCGGCUCGUUGGCCGCCCACAAAGACGGUUCUCGUUUCUGGAUCAAAGACCAGAACCCGACGGUCGAAAGUUAUAUCGGCUUCAUCGAGAACUAUUCGGAUCCAGAUGGAGUUCGCUCGGAAUUUGAAGGUUUUGUCGCCGUGGUCGAUAAGGACACAUCGGCCAAGUUUCAAAAACUAGUGGCCGGUGCUGAACAAUACCUAAAACGAUUGCCAUGGGACUCGGAGUACGAGAAGGACAAGUUCUUGAAGCCGGACUUUACCUCGUUGAAUGUGCUUGGAUUUGCGGCUAGCGGGAUUCCGGCUGGUAUCAAUAUUCCUAAUUGUGAGUUUUUUUUUAAUUUGAAAUUUUUAGCGAAAAAUUAAAAAAUUAAGGAUUUUUUGGGCCGAAAAUUAACAAUUUGAGAACUUUUGGGCCAUAAACGAAUUUUCAAUUUUUUUAAAAUUUAAAUUUUUUAGAUGACGAUAUUCGCCAAUCCGAAGGCUUCAAGAACGUCUCCCUGGGCAAUGUAAUAUCAGCCAUUCCAACAACUCGAACCGAGUUCCUCUCCGAUGAAGAUGACGCCCUUUACCGUCUCUAUCAUUCCGAAUCCUUUGAAGUUCAAGUAGGUCUUCACGAGCUGUUGGGCCACGGCUCAGGCAAGCUAUUCAUCAAAAAGAAGGACGGUACCUUCAACUUUGACCCCAAAAAAGCAAAGGACCUUUUGAAUGGUGGCGAAGUCAAGCAUUGGUACGAGGAGGGCGAAACCUGGAGCAGCAAAUUCGGCUACACUGGCGCAGCCUACGAAGAAUGUCGUGCCGAAGCCGUAGGGUAUUACCUAUGCUGUGACGAUGACAUUAUGGCCAUCUUCGGCUUCGAAGGCGAACAAGCCGAAGUGGUAAGAUAUGUGAACUGGGUGAAUGAGAUCAGGGCUGGCCUAGUCUCGCUAGAGUUCUACGAACCGUCACAAAAGAAGUGGAAUCAAGCACACUGUAACGCGCGCUACGUCCUCUUCCGUGUCGUUCUGGAGGCGGCCCAGAACUUUGUCACAAUCAAGCAAACCACAGAUUCCAAAGGCGCCCCAGACUUGCUCUUCCAACUCGACCGGUCGAAGAUUAUCUCCGUGGGAAAACCGGCCAUCGGCGAGUUUUUGAAGAAGUUACAGUACUACAAAUCGACCGGUAACUCAGAGGAAGGGCUGAAGUUCUUCAACAAGUGGAGCGAAGUCAGUGAUGAGCAUUUGAAGUGGAGGGAGGUCUGUUUGGCCAGAAGAAAGCCGAGGAGAGUACUGGUCCAGCACAACACGGUCAAGGAGGGUAAUGGUAAGUUGGUGGAAAAAAUUGGGAGGGGUAUUUUUUGAAGGAGGAGGGGCUUUGUUCAUUGUUUUGUUAAAAUAGGUAUGACAUUUUGAGAUGAAAAUGAAAAUUUUGAGCUUUUCCGCCAAAAAAAUUUUUUUUGACAUUUGAAACACUGAUUUCAGAAGUGAACAUUGUGGAAUACCAAGCCUCUGCCGAAGGCCUAGUCCAAUCCGUCCUCGAACGUCACCCAGACGAAGCCAUGGAAGAACUGCUCCAAGUCUUUGAACAACAACAGAAGACCAUCUUUGCAUAA